AUCAAAAUUGUAAAAACUUUUGUAGUAUUCUUAACUUAAAUGAUGUAGAAUUUGUCAAACCUUAAAUGCUGCGAAUGUUUUUGUUUUUGUUUUGUUGUGAUGGUUGAUUGGAAAUUACGCUCUUUUAUCGUGCUUUUGGUGGUCGUCAUAAUAUCUUACAGGUGAAUAGGUGGUGGACAGUUAUCCAGCCAAACCAUCAUGAUCAGCAAGCGAAUGACCGAAAGCGGUGGCUCAGACUCUAUGAUGAAUAAUCUCAGCAAUCCCAGAGAUACCAUUAAGGAGAACGUGGCUCGCACUCGCAGGCUGCGGAGGGCCCUGGAAGACUGGCGUGAGCUGCUGGCGCCCCUGCAUGGUGUACUGGUGUGGCGUCACGAGUACCACCCGCCACUGCUGGCUGCUGUCGUCACCCUCAUCUUCCUUGUGGUUUGGUACCUGGAGCCGCCCCUGCUGACCCUGGUCGCCGUCCUCGGUGUUACGGCCACCACUGCCGACUAUCUGGUGCCGGCUCUGUGUCAGGCCCUGUUCCGGCCGCAGGAUUGGACCGCCAGCAACGAGAGGGAGUUUGAGCGGAUGUGUGAGCUACUGGCCGAUAUCUCCACUAGCAUGGAGUGCUGCUGGUUCCAACUCUCCGGCUGGAAACAAGAGAAGCCCAAACUCUACUUCAUCGGCAUGGUGGGCGUGCUUCUUCUCCUAGCCUGGCUGGGUAACAACAUCAACAACUUGUUCUUGGCCUACCUGCUAGCCCAGUGGAUCGUCAUGUAUCCGGGCCUGAGGCAGCGCGGACUCAUCAAGAAGUACAUGGCUGAGGCGAUUCUGUUCGUAACCAGUAAGAUUCGGCCGCAGAAACAGGUGGAGGGGGAUGGCACACGCGAGAAGGAAGAAUGAGCAGUGUGGCCGCACAGUGGCGCCAGAUAUAGAAACGCCGUGUGUAGUGCUGCCACCUACCAACCUGUGGCUGGGCUCAGUUUUGCUGCGCUACCCAUCUCACUGACGGCCUAUGAAAAUUUCGGAGUGAUUCCACCAAGCCGCCUGCAAUCAGGCAGGGCAUAGUGUAUCCACCUAGUCUCCUCGAAAUUUGAGGGCCCAGUUGGGCUACCAAAUGAUCUGUGUUUGGUUGAGGGAGUUCCAGGCACCUGCGGUCGAACAAGGUUCGGUGGUGCCAACUGCCAGGCCCGGGACCCGUAGUAGGACGGCACAGUGGCUCCACCUAGUUGGUUGAUGCCCGGGAAGGCGUCUUCGUGGCCCCAUUCCUCCCCAUGCAGCCUCAGGAGAGUUUCUUGGUGGUCUAUACCGGCGCCUGUGACUUUGGGAGUGGCGUAACUGGCCCCAUUUUCCCCGUUGGCUGGAAAGGCGCCAAGGUGGCUGUGCUGACAACCUGAGUUGACGGAUGAGCCUGUUCGUUACGAUGUGCUGACUUCCGACCCGCGAUGGACUUUGUUUGGUGCGAAGCGGAGUGCUUGCGACAAACUACCGUAUGCUUCGUUUUUGCUGGUGCCAGGAGCGCUUUUGGAUGGACCGACACCAGCACAGAGACUGGAGAAAGACGUUCUAGUCGACAAGAGUGAACUAUGCGGCACUUAGUCAGCUGGUGUUUCGCGAAUGUGUUGCGUUUCGUCGGUAGCUCAGAAAGCUUUAGUGAGUGGUAUGCGGAUGUAUGAUCGUUGAACCCAAUGUGUUUAUUCGUUGACUUGCGUUUGCUCACUGGUGUUAUCUUACUUAAGUUGAGAGUUUAAGAUGUCUACACUUCGUUUAGUUGGCUUUUCUUAAUGUCGAUGGGAGGUACCGCCGUAAUGUCAAGUGUCAUAUUUACACAACGCUUACAGUACACAUAACCGAACAACCAGGCCUGCUUUGAAUCUCUAAACAUCCGUAUGUGUGCCAGUUGCCACUUUAUCCAUCAGGCAUCAGCCGUAUCAAAAUCGGUGAAAUAUACCGCCUGAUGGCCCACGCCGGCCCUGUAUAUACGUCUGAAUCGGCUAGGGAGCUCUGCUGAGCUCAUGGCUCAGCUGAUUUGCAGUCACAUUGCCUAGCUCUUCAAGUAGUCAUACGGUCACUGGCUUGUGUUGUGUCAUGUCAACGGCUCGGUACGUAACGCAUGUCGAAAUUUGUAACAGAAUGAGCCCGCACCUAUCAGAUUGUGUUGCGUUCGAGACGAUUUCAGGAUCGGCGUGAGACACGAUGUUUGGAAAUGCCUUCUUAGACGCUGUCGGAUAUGUCGAGGAAGACGUUGAAGACUAUCUGAAACGGCGUACAAGCCUGUGGAAGACUGUCUUGGAGGCGCUGUAGAGAAGGCUAUACUUGAAGACGAGUGAGGGCAUCGGUCGGGCCAAAAUGACGACACUAAGCCAAGUGAACUAGUGUGGCGGCGCUCAUGCACAGGUCACGUGACUAUGGCCUGGCUAGCUUGCUUAUACUGUGGCAUGGUGGCGCUUAGGCUGUGGGAAUCACGUGACCGUUUGGCCUGGCUAGUGCAUGAACCAUGGUGAGGUCCGUGGGCACUGAGUCAUGUGUAUAUGCUUGCUGAUAAAUGAUAUUAUGUCAAUAGAAAGGCGCAGAAAAUGGGCAAAAGCAUGUGUUAAAUAUUGUGGUUGUGUAUUUCUUUGCACUGAUUUAAAUUAAUGUGUGAUUUGUUCAAGUCGCGAAUAAAUUAUUGUCACUGCA